AUGUCGAUCAUCUCCUAUAGUGUCUCACUCAGCGGUCCCGACGCGUUAUGUAAACGAAGCUCGUCCCCUGAGUUCUUCCUUCCCCUCAUGCCAAAGUCACCCACGAAAUCGCAGUCGAAAACCAAAGCAGCGCCACGGUCCGAGUCUCUUCUCCAACAAGAGACGCGCCUCAAGAAGGAGAUCCCUUCUUGGCUGUGGAAGGCUUGCAUCCCCAUAGCCAGGGAUGACAAGACGGAUCCAGAGUAUCCAUACAGCGCCACCUCGUCGUCAGAGAAGAGGAGGAUGGCAAUACACCGAAUGCAGGAUCUGGAAGAUGCAGAAUUCCAUCGGCAGUAUCCGCCGCGCCCGGAGGCGGAAGAGAUGAAAGCGUAUUCCGAGCCCAUGUCAGAGCCGAUGAAGGCACUCAAGGAACUUGUGGACGCCUCCCCAGUUGCGAAGGGAAGAUAUGAAUUCACGGCCGACGAGGAACAAUAUGUCUACUUCCACCACGACAUGUUUUCCGGUUCUAAAUCAUGGGGUUGGAGAUCGGAGUACGAGCAACGAAUCAAAGAUGCUCUCGACGUAGUCAAAAAGGAGCAUGGUCAAAAUGAGCUGAUGGUUGCUCGCUGGGCCGUCCGGGAUAAGCGUGCCGAGUGCGUUGGGGGAAUUACAGGGAACAGCGCCGUUCACUGUUAUCAGUGGUCGGAUGAUUCUGUUAAGUGGCUCGGGGAUAACCCAUCGAUCGAAUGCCAUGCCCCAAGGAGACUCGUAAAACGCUGA